UUCUACUUGGAACAAACUUCUUCGAACUACUGUUUAUGUGCUUCGUUUUCUGAAGAAGCUACCGCGAAAUGAUGUAAUUACCGCUAAUGACCUAAAUACCGCUGAACUUAAAAUUAUAAAAGCGGUACAAGAUGCACACUUCUCAGCUGACAUCAAGUCCAUUGCUAAAGGACGUAAAUGCUCGCUAAAGUUACAGAAACUGUUUCCUUUCCUUUCUGAUGGGAUUUUACGCGUUGGAGGUCGCUUAUCGAACUCAUCGCUGGAUUAUGGAUCUAAGCACCCUAUAAUUUUACCUAAAAAAGGUCAUAUAGUAGAAUUAAUAAUUGAUUUCUAUCACCGCAAAAACCUGCAUGCAGGGCCUCAGCAUUUAGUUGCUAUAUUAAAAACUAAAUUUUGGAUUAUUUCCUCGCGUCGCAUUGUUCGGCACCGCACUCAAAAAUGUAACCGUUGUUUUAGGUUGAAUCCUAGACCUACUUUUCCUCUUAUGUCAGAUUUGCCGAAAUGUCGUUUAGAGCAAUGCAAAGCCUUUAUGCAUACAGGUAUAGACUUUGCUGGACCCCUGUAUGUUACUCCUUACCGGAAACGCGGCAUACGCAGCGUUAAGGCUUAUAUAUGCCUUUUUAUUUGCCUUGUAACUAAAGCCGUUCAUAUAGAAUUGGCCUCAAAUCUAACUUCUGCAUGUUUCAUAGACGCUUUCAAGCGCUUUCUAUCGCGACGAGGUCCCUGUAACUUUGUUUACUCGGAUAACGGGACGAAUUUCGUAUCCGCAAAAGCUUAUUUUAAAGAGCUUCACGAUGUUUUACAAUCGGACGACUACUAUAAGUCUUUCAGCGACGAGCUCGCGAAACGUCGUAUCACUUGGAAAAUGAAUCCUCCUACCGCUAGUCAUUUCGGAGGUAUAUGGGAAGCUAAUAUAAAAAGCACUAAGACCUUACUGUUUAGAGUCAUAGGAAAGCAGAUCCUAACCUUUCAGGAGAUGGAAACCGUCCUUACUCAAGUAGAAGCUUUGCUCAACAGUCGACCUUUGUAUGCUUUAAGCUCGGACCCUUCCGAACCGCUCGCGCUUACCCCUUCUCAUUUUUUGACCACGUCUCCGUUGGAAUUUUUACCCGCGGCUGAUUUAUCUGAUGAACGCCCCGACUUACUGUCUCGGUUUUCAUUAAUGGACUCGCUAGUGCAGUCGUAUUGGAAGAGAUUCAAAACGGAGUAUUUACAUAAUUUGCAGCAACGGGAAAAGUGGAAUACUCCCUCAAAUCCAAUUAAAAUUGGUACCGUAGUAAUAUUAAGCGUUGAUAACGCCCCGCCUUUACAAUGGCCAUUAGGAAUCAUAACCAACGUCUAUCCUAAUAGCCAAGACGGAGUCGUACGCGUGGCGGAAGUUAAGACGAAGACUGGAACGUAUAAACGUCCCGUCAUACGGUUAUGUCCGUUACCGACUCAAUAGUAGUCUUAUGUUUAGUUAAGAAUCUUAGGUUUAGUUCACGUCUAAUAUAGACCAAUUAAAUAUAAUACUUAAGUUAGCUUAGCUUAUUCUUGCGUUUUACGUAACUUACUUAGUUAUUAGCACGAUUGUUGUGCUUUGUUAUUUAAACCUUUUUUCUUUGGUUUGGUUUGUGUUAGGUAAUUUUUUUGUUUGAAUUUUUAUUACGAACUUAGCAAGUAACUUGGCACAAUGACCAUAUGCCGCGAUUAUAUUAUUAUAGUUUGAGCACUUUUGCUCUCCCCUUCCUUUUCUUUGAAGGGUUCCUUCAAGGCCGGGGGGAUGUUGAGUUUCAAAUUUGAUAUUUUUUGUUUAAGAUCGUUUUUCCU